CCCAUACGGGAUUACGCACCUUUGACCUCCAGCACUGUCAAACAGCCUAAGCUGCUCACAGAGAUGCCAGAGCGUCCAAAUCCACCAGCAGCAACCGGUUAGUCACAUGACCAGCGUACAGAACUGCCUGUCUCUGUGUGUGUGUGUGUGUGUGUGUGUGUACGUGUGUGUACGUGUGUGUGUGUGUGCUGCUUUUAUUUCCGCGUUCACCGAGGGAGAGAAGAGCUGAGCUGAAUGAGUUUUCACGGCCGCCCUGUGUCUGCACAUUUGACGCCGAGAAGCUGCGUCGCCGUGCGGGAGGAAACUCACACAAUCGCAUCGCCGCUGCAGGACCAUGCUCACGCGGGUGAAAUCGGCGGUGGCCAAUUUUAUGGGAGGUGUGAUGGCUGGUGGAUCCAACGGGGACCAUCCCGGCGGCUCGGAUCUGCCGCUGAGGUACCCGUACAGCAGACCGGAGUUCCUGGGACUGUCGCCCGACGAGGUCGAGUGCUCGGCGGAUCACAUCGCGAGACCGAUCCUCAUCCUGAAGGAGACCAAGCGGCUGCCGUGGUCCACCGGCUACGCAGAGGUGAUUAAUGCAGGAAAGAGUACAUUAAACGAGGACCAGGCCUGCUGUGAGGUGCUGGUGGUCAAAAGGAGACCUGCAGGAAACUCCACACCCAACCGGACCCCCACGGACCGCAGGAGGUCUUCCCUGCCUAACGGAGACGGUCUGAACAUCAGAGACUACCAGGACUGCUCUGAGAACCUAACGUUCCACUACUGGGCGCUGUUCGAUGGCCACGCAGGCUCUGGCGUGGCCGUCGUGGCUUCCCGCCUUCUGCAUCACCACAUCGCCCUGCACCUUCAGGAGGUGUUGGAGAUCCUCUGCACUCCCAACCUGCAGCCCCCCACCUCUGGGGAGGAGCCCAUCAAUCACCUCCUCACCCCGACGUCCCAGCGCGCACUCACCAGGGCCGCCUCGCUCCGUGGCGCCGCGGGGGCUCCAGGCUCGCCCAGCACUCCGCCAACGCGCUUCUUCACCGAGAAGAAGGUUUCGCACGAGAGCCUGGUGAUCGGGGCCAUCGAGAAUGCUUUCAAAGACAUGGAUGUGCAGAUAGAAAAGGAGAAGGCAGUCUACAAUAUCUCAGGUGGAUGCACAGCUCUUGCGGUCAUCUAUUUGCAAGGGAAGCUCUACGUCGGGAACGCCGGGGACAGCAGAGCUAUCAUUAUCCGAGCCGGAGAGGUCAUCCCCAUGUCAGCAGAGUUCACGCCGGAGUCAGAGAGACAGCGACUGCAGUUCCUGGCCUACAUGCAGCCCCACUUAUUAGGGAAUGAGUUCACACAUCUGGAAUUCCCGAGGAGAGUCCAGAGAAAGGAGGUUGGGAAGAGAAUGCUGUACCGUGACUUCACCAUGUCAGGAUGGGCUUAUAAAACCAUUGACGACGAUGACCUGAAGUUUCCCCUGAUCUACGGCGAAGGCAAGAAGGCUCGUGUGCUGGCAACCAUCGGGGUCACCAGAGGUCUUGGGGACCACAAUCUCAAAGUGCACGACUCAAAUAUCUACAUUAAACCCUUCCUGUCCUGCUGCCCAGAGGUAAAAGUUUACCCUUUGGCUCAGUGCGAGCACGGAGCUGAUGACGUUCUGGUGCUGGGAACUGACGGCCUGUGGGAUGUCCUCUCAAACCAGGAAGUAGCUGAAGCUGUCACCUGUUUCCUGACAAACUGCGACCCCGACGACCAGCACAGGUACACAAUGGCAGCUCAAGACCUCAUAAUGAGAGCCCGCGGGGUGCUGAAGGAUCGAGGCUGGAGGAUAUCUAACGACAGAUUAGGCUCAGGAGACGACAUCUCCGUCUACAUCAUCCCCCUCAUGUACGGCAACAAGCAGAACUAGCAAAAACUUUGAAAGUACAAACAGAAACCAAAUCAUAACCCUCCCUUUCCAACUUAUCCCCUGAAUUUUUCCUUACCCCCUUGUGCUCUUUUUGAAAGUGCUUUAAUGUGGACUUCCCUCCUCUGCUAAAGGGAUCAAAGACGUUUCUGGUCAGAGACGGGACCUCUGUCCAGGCUGUUUCCCUGUCAGUCAUCUCAAAGCUGGAUGAUUUCUUUUCUCUCCCUCCUUUUUAUAGUUAAAAGAACCUUAAAAGAAGCCAUCUUGAAUUUUGUUGUGGGGCAAUGCCUGAUGUUGAGAGCAUGGACUCUCAUAGAUGAGGUGGUGACGUGCAUCUCAGGAUUGCUGUUGCAAACUAUUGCACAAUAUUUAUAAAUGUAAAAAAAUAAAUGUAAAUACUCUGAGGGGUAAGAUUUGAAGGGUGUGUUCGGUUGAACACUUGUACAGUCUGUAAAAAAAAAAAAAAA